AUGUUCCGCAACGGUCUGCUGCACACGGGACGCAGCGAUCACAAGGGGCCGUCGGUCACCGUCGCGGGCGUCCCGCGAGUCGGGUGGACGUACAAAACCGGCGGCAGAAUCUUCUCAUCCCCCACGCUCGCGUCCGACGGGACGGUGUACGUGGGGUGCACCGACGGGUUCGUGUACGGGGUCCAGCGCUCGGGUGUGAUCAAGUGGAAGUACCCGGCGGGUGGACCCGUCGUGUCCACCGCCGCCAUCGGCAACCCCAUCGGCAGCGACACCACCCUGUUCAUGGGCGGAGCCGACGGGACGCUCCACGCGGUGAGCGCCAACUACGGCACGUCCAAGUGGGAGUACAUCCGACCGCGGCUGCACCUCAACGGCAAAUGGCAGCUCAAGGCGACGCGUCCCAUCGUCUCGUCCGCGGCGCUCGCCCCCGAGGGCAUCGUGUACAUCGGCGCGGACACGGCGCUGUACGCGAUCAACGCCGCCACCGGUUCCGGCGGAUUUUCGGGUACCGUCAAGUGGUCCUACGAGACCCGGGGUUUGAUCCUGGGUUCCCCCGCGCUCGACGGCGCGGGGCGGAUAUACGUGGGCACGAUGGAGGGCGCGCUGUACUGCCUGAGGCAGGACGACGGCGGGUUCAUAUGGCGGUUCGACGCGGAAGGUGGACUGUACUCGUCCCCGGCGUUGGACGGAGGAGGAAGGGUGUACGUGGGAAGCGUGGACUCGUACCUCUACGCGCUCGACGCGCUGACCGGCGCGCUCCACUGGAAGUUCCGCACGUCCGCGGCGAUAUACUCCUCCCCGGCGGCGUCCGUGCGGGACGGCACGGGGCGCGGGUACGUCUUCGUCGGGAGCACGGAUUGGAAGCUGUACGCGGUGAGAGCCAACGACGGUUUGUUGGCUUCCGCGGUUGGGGUGGUGUCGUCGCCGGUCAUCGGACCAGACGGCGUCGUGUACGUCGGGAGCUCUGACAGAUACUUUUACGCGCUAAACAACUUGACGGGCGCGGUGGAGUGGAAGUUGUACGCGGAUGGACCGAUCCAGAGCAGCGCCGCGAUCGACAGCGACGGGCAGCUCUACUUCGCGACGGACGCGGGGACGAUUUACCAGGUGGUGGAGGCUGUGCCGCCCCCGCCCCCGGGACAGAAGUGA